UUUUAAUCAGCACGAAGCUCACGACCCGGAGGCAAAACUCGAACCACACCAUACUACCUAGGUAGUAGUGCACUAGUGCCUCGUACCAUUCAAGAAUCAACGCCGCCUUUACAAAUAAUUGGUCUGACGGAAUUCUUUCUGCCCGCAUCGUCCCAAGUCCUCAGCCUUGUCUGCCAGCCUGAGACUCGGGAUGAUGUUAUAGUAACGCCUCUCAAGCCUUUGGAGUCUACCAGUCCUCAACCUCAACCUGAAGUCACUUCUUCCGACUCACAUAUUACAAGCUCCAAAUCUUCCUCACGUCCCUCACCUUCUAUCAACGUUGCGCUCUGGACAUCGCACGGACAAUCAAUUUACUAUCUUGUCGACGCAAAAACAGCGCAACUGCACUGCGAUCCGAGUCUCACAUUCAGCAAGUCAAGUCCAGUCCACCACAUAAUACAACAACCGCGGGAACCCCCUCUUCCCUCGUAAGAAGACUUGAUCAAACGCUCCUCACUCUCUUGACCUUUCCCAUCCUGUGGCUAAGCCGCUGUUGCGAAACCAAAACCAAACCAAAACCAAUAAUGCCACCCAUUCGCUCGCGCGGCUCGCGCAAACCUCCGCCGGCGGGCUUCGAAGACAUUGAAGACACGCUUCUAGAAUACAGCAACAAGAUGCGAGACGCUCAGAACGCCUCACACGAGGGAAAGAAAAAGCACGAGGCCGUAUGGCCCAUUUUUCAGAUCGCCCACGCCCGCUCUCGCUACGUCUACGAUCUGUACUACAAGCGCGAGGCCAUUUCCAAGGAGCUGUACGACUGGCUCUUGAAGAACGGCUACGCCGACGCCAACUUGAUCGCCAAAUGGAAGAAAUCGGGUUACGAGAAGUUGUGUUGUUUGCGCUGCGUGCAGACCAAAGAAACAAAUUUCCAGAGCACUUGUAUCUGUCGCGUGCCCAAGGCUCAGUUGAAGAGAGACGACGCUGGCGGUGAUGGUGGCGCCGCCGCGAUUCAGUGUGUCAAUUGUGGCUGUCGAGGCUGUGCUACCGGCGACUAGGCACUGGUGCAAUCACACUUCAGAAAAAUAAAAACAGAAACUCAACUACAUGCAGUGCCCAACAAGUUGCUUGCUCAAUAUGGUCAUGACACACAAGCGACCUUUUUUUUGGGCGGUUUGCGACGACAUACUAUGAUAGGAGGCACCAAAGCGAGGCCUCAACUCUGAUCUGCUCAAAGUACCUACAGACUUACAAUACGCCUUUCUUCUCGAUCGGGGCUAUACGGCGGCGGCGUUAUUUGUCUUUCUGCUUGCGGGUUGGCUUGGGCUGUGGUGGACACGGAUACCCUGGAUACUAGUAUGGCGUAAUAGAUUUAAAAGUGUGGUCUGGGACGAUUCGGGAGUCUGGCCAAAGAAUAUGUAUGACAUUGCUAAGAUGCGCGGCAGACGAGCCGUCCAUCGUUGCGCCAAAAUAAAACUCAAACAGUGUGCAGCUGCCCAGCAGAAUAUCUCCGACUUCCAAACAAAUAGGAAAUCCGCCUCCAGAGAAUGUACCGUCUGUGCUGCCCGAAAAUGCCAAAGUGGAACAUCCUACACAUAAUUCUCUUCGUACAUUCGCCCGUCACACGGCGUUCACAGAACGGCGUGUAGCAAGCGAUAUUCGCAAAGCAAUCCUAGUA